GUCGUUCCUCCAGGAAACCCGCUACUUGGGUGGUUGUGCCUGCCUAUUGUACCUCAAGGACACCACAUUAUUUGCCAAACGCUCGUGAAGACAUUUAGAGGAUUCAAAGCUAAUUUACUCCCGUGGGGUGCGAGCGACGCAACAACUUGAUUUAUGUGGAAAGAUUCGCACAGCAAUGUCUCCCCUGCCCUCUCCGGACGUGGGGACGGAUAGUCUGUUGGGAACCUGUGCGGGUUGCAGGAUUUCUUUGAGGACCGACACGAACCCGCUGUUGUUACCAUGCCUACACUCCAUGUGCAGUAAUUGCAUGCCUUCACCAAACCAUGAAUUAGCAGUGUGUCCCCUGUGUGGAAUGUUGUACGCGCCUAAAAAUGUCACACCCAAUCCUCUGUUCUGCGACGUCUCGUCCCUGUCAUCCUCACAGAAAUGUGGAGGGUGUGCGGCUCCUGCGGUGGAGGGCUGGUGUGUGGAGUGUGGGGAGGCGCUGUGUGUGGAGUGUGUGUCCGCGCACAGGAGGGUACGGAUGACGCGAGACCACACCAUACAGACCCAGAUUACCUCCUCAGGUUUUGCCAGGAAGAGAUACUGCUCCAUACACAAGGACGAGCCCUACAAGCUCUUCUGCCUCACCUGCAGCAAACUCACCUGCAGGGACUGCCAGCUCACACUGCACAGGAACCACAGUUUCCAGUUUGUGGCGGAGGUGGUGUCGGAGCGGAGGCAGAGGCUGGAGGCUCUGGUCCACAAGGUGAAGGAGCAGAGAGCGUACACACAGCGCUGCCUGCAGGACUUGGAAGGACGGCAGCUGGACUUGGAGGACGUGCUGGAGGGCUUCAAGGAGGACGUGAAGCAGGCACUCACGGAGAUCCGGGACCUCCUGGUCCAGUCUGCCAUGAAGAUCAUGUCUGACGCCAAGGUGCUGUACACCUCGGAAAUUGAUCGUCUGAAGGUUCGGCAGGCAGCGCUACAGAAGCUCCAGGAGAGACAGGCCUACCUGCUGGCCUUCAGUGAGAAAACACUGGACAGUGUGGAUCAGGGUGUGCUGCUGUCCUGUGCAAAUCAGGUACAGCAGCAGCUGCAGGCUCUCCUGACCCAGACUCCUCCCCCGUGCGCCAGCAUGGUGCACAUCUCCCUCCACCUCAACAAAAUGGCGGUUAGAGAAAGCCUCAGGCAUUUUGGAAAGGUGUCAUGGCAUGUCAUUCCGUUUGCCUGUUCAAAAAAGCUCAGGAUCCCAAAGAAGGUCAAAGAGACUCAUCCUCCCCCUGCUCAGGCAUUACCCCUGGACACCCCAAACGCUCCGUGUCUGUCGGGUCCUGUAGAGGGAUCUGCAGUUCCCCCACUCUCCACCAGAGGGAGCUCUGUGUCGUCUCCCUUGAAGGCGAUGGCAGAGAGCACAACCUCCUCUCCAGACUGCAGCGAGGGAACACCUGCACUGCACUCGGCGAUGAGCAUGGAGUGCGAGCCGUCGUCCACAGUCCCAGACUCUGUGGGCAAACCCACACCCUGUUGGCUCGAAAGCCCUCUUCAGGUAGACCUGCCUGUGGUCACCACCACUGCUAGCGUGGAACUGUCUUGGGGUAAACCAGCAGGGGUAGCAGAGGUCAGCACAGCUGCCCCGUCACGUAGUUCCCCCACCCAGCCACCCAGUACCAGCGAGUCUACCUUCAGCCUUGGCAAGGACCCUGCUAGUGAAGUGACCUCUGUGGUGGUCAUGCAGGAGUGUACAAUCAACGGAAAUGCUGAAGCUUCACCAGUGGAGGCGUCUGCUAGCUGUGCUACGAGUGAAACCGACUGCUUCACAAAGACUGCGUCUGAGGCUGUAGAGACUGGGCAUUUGCAGGGGGCGGAGACUGGAUCUCCAAAGAAACUUGUACUUAGACUCCACCCACCCCACAUACAGACGGAUACUGAGCAUGUGCAGGGGGUGGAGUCAGCAUCUCCAAAAAUUGUGAAUGUACAGGGGGCGGAGUCUGAGUGUGUCACUAGUGAGCAUGUGCAGGGGGCGGAGCUAGGAACUCUACGAAUUGUGAACGUACAGGGGGCGGAGCCAGGAACUCCACGAAUUGUGAACGUACAGGGGGCGGAGCCAGGAACUCCACGAAUUGUGGAUGUACAGGGGGCGGAGCCAGAACUUGCCCAGGAGGCGGAGUUUGAAGGCAAAAAGACUGAGCAUGUGCAGGAGGUGGCAUCUGACUUUGUCAUUACUGAGCAUAUGCAGGAGGCGGAGUCUGAUUGCAGAGAGACUGAGCGUGUGCAGGAGGCGGAGUCUGAUUGCAGAGAGACUGAGCGUGUGCAGGAGGCGGAGUCUGAAUGCAGAGAGACUGAGUGUGUGCAGGAGGCGGAGUCUGAAUGCAGAGAGACUGAGUGUGUGCAGGAGGCGGAGUCUGAUUGCAGAGAGACUGAGCGUCUGCAGGAGGCGGAGUCUGAUUGCAGAGAGACUGAGCGUCUGCAGGAGGCGGAGUCUGAUUGCAGAGAGACUGAGCGUCUGCAGGAGGCGGAGUCUGAUUGCAGAGAGACUGAGCGUCUGCAGGAGGCGGAGUCUAAUUGCAGAGAGACUGAGCAUGUGCAGGAGGUGGUGUCUGACUUUGUCGCUACUGAGCAUGUGCAAACGGCUCCACCAGAUGUUUCUGUCUGUCCAGAUGUAGGCCAAUCAUCUGUGGCCCCCUCUCGCCUCCGGCCUCCACCCCAUUCUCCACAGACUCACUCUCAGGAGGGUCCAAUGCUUCAGUCUUUCCUGAAAGCUUUAAAGCUGACAGUCGUCAGGAAUCCACAGCUGCUCAGCAACCCAAUGUGUUCUGCUUCACAGGGUCCAGAUGCUGCAGGACGUGGCGCUGAUCCCGUCAGCAGCUACUGCUGUCCUCUUGAGGAUGAUGACUUUGACGAUGAAGAGGAGUGUGUGGAUGUAGAGAUGCAGGAUGAAGAAAUCUACCAGCUCUUACCAAAGAAACAUUGGCUACCUCAGGUGUCUGUUUACCAGAUGCCCCUCCCCUCUGCCUCUAUUGGUCAGCCCCCACACAGUUCCGCCUCCUCCAGGGUGAAAGUUCCAUGGAGUUCCUGAUCCAGGAAAUAAGUGAAGAUGAUGAGUCUGCAGUGUGCAAGGCCCCGGCCAGUCUGGCAGUGCCAGUCCAGCGCAGGCGCUGUGUGGCGUGUCGGGUGGAGGGCGCACUGCAUCACUGUACUGCCUGUAAACGUGGAUACCACAAAGGAUGCCACAUACCGCCGCUAGUCACCAGACCCAGGCAGGGCUGGGUGUGUGGCCUGUGUUUGGACGUGUCGGUGGUGAGUCUGCAGGGCACUUUUGAAGGGGGAUUCUGUAUGAGCGCUCAGGACCAGAAGAGAUGUGAGUACGUACUGCUUUCCCUGUGUUGCAGUAAAUACAGGCCUGCUCUUUUCAUGACAAAUCAGCUGCCAAGUUCUUGUUCGUCUGCCGUUACGAACAUCCCGUUUAUUCGCGGCCGGUUGCUGCAGAAACUACCGCCUCCGUACCGCACCCCCACUGAGUUUGUGUCCGACAUCUGGAUCCUGCUAGAUCUCCUGCUCAAGAGGGCAAAGUGGAAGGCUGAGUGGGAGAAACAGCUGAAAGCUCUGCGGGUCAUCUUCUCCCAGAGGCUGCAGCGAGCCUUCAGUCACACCCUCCACCCAUCUGUCCUGCGCAACCCCUUCCGCCAGAGGCCAGGCAGAACGAGAGGGAAGGAGAGAGGGACGGAGAGAGGGACGGAAAGAGGGAAGGAGAGAGGGACGGAAAGA